AUGGAUGUUGCUGAGGUGGAAGGAAAUCUAUUUUCUGCAAGUGAUGCUAAGUUGCAUGGACAAAUGUGCAAGACUCUUUCUAUAAUAUAUUGCAAAGUAUUGUCUGUAUUUCCAUCUUUAGAAGCUGCUAGGCCUAGGAGUAAAUCCGGUAUUCAGGCAUUAUGCUCAUUGCAUGUAGCCUUGGAGAAAGUCAAGAAUGUUCUUCAGCACUGCUCAGAGUGUAGUAAACUAUACUUGGCUAUAACGGCAGAUUCUGUACUCCUAAAAUUUCAGAAGGCUAAAUCUGCUCUUGAAGAUAGUCUUAGACGGGUGGAAGAAAUUGUUCCACAAUCUAUUGGGUGUCAGGUUCAGGAGAUUAUGAAUGAGUUUGUCACUAUAGAAUUUGCACUUGACCCAUCAGAAAAGCAAGUUGGCGAUGAUUUGAUUGCAUUGCUCCAACAGGGAAGGAAGUUUAAUGAUUCUAGUGACAGCAAUGAGCUUGAAUCUUUUCAUCAGGCUGCUACUAGACUUGGAAUUACAUCUUCAAGAGCAGCUCUUGCAGAAAGGAGAGCUCUGAAGAAACUCAUAGAAAGGGCUCGAUCUGAGGAAGACAAGAGGAAGGAAUCAAUUAUUGCAUAUCUCUUACACCUUAUGAGGAAAUACUCCAAAUUAUUUAGAAGUGAGUUCUCAGAUGAGAAUGAUUCUCAGGGUUCUGCACCUUGUUCUCCCACUGUUCUGGGAUCAAUUGAGGAUAGUGUUCCGGGUAGUCAUUGUCAAGCCUUUGACAGACAGCUUUCAAAAUUCAGUUGCUUUAAUUUCAGACCAAAUAAUAGUAGGAAAUCAGGGCAGAUGCCUCUUCCACCUGAAGAGUUAAGGUGUCCAAUAUCUCUGCAACUUAUGUAUGAUCCUGUUAUCAUUGCUUCUGGGCAAACAUAUGAAAGGGUUUGUAUAGAGAAGUGGUUCAGUGAUGGGCACAACAACUGCCCCAAGACCCAGCAGAAACUUGCACAUCUUUGUUUGACUCCUAAUUACUGUGUUAAGGGCCUUGUGACUAGUUGGUGUGAACAAAAUGGAGUUCCUAUUCCUGAAGGUCCUCCUGAAUCUCUUGACCUUAACUACUGGCAAAUGUUAUUAUCAGAGUCUGAAUCUACAAAUUCAAAAUCUGUAGAUAGUGCCAGCUCUUGCAAGUUGAAGGGUGUUGAAAUGUUUCCUUUGGAAGAGAGCGUUAUCUCAGAGGAAUCUGUGGAAAAUGGAACUGAAAGUGUGUCUGCACAAGAGGAAGACACUGAGCAGUAUUUUAGCUUUCUGAAAAUUUUGACUGAGGGAAACAAUUGGGGGAGGCAAUGUGAAGUGGUAGAACAGUUAAGGUUGUUGCUGAGGGAUGAUGAGGAAGCCAGGAUUUUUAUGGGGGCUAAUGGGUUUGUUGAAGCACUUUUGCACUUUUUGCAAUCGGCUGUCAAUGAAGGUAGUUUGAUGGCUGUGGAAAGUGGAACAAUGGCUCUCUUCAACCUGGCUGUGAAUAAUAACAGAAAUAAGGAAAUUAUGUUAUCAGCUGGAGUAUUAUCAUUGUUGGAAGAAAUGAUUUCUAAAACAAGUUCUUAUGGUUGUACAACUGCUCUUUAUUUGAAUCUCUCUUGCCUUGAAGAAGCCAAGCCAAUGAUUGCAACGAGUCAGGCUAUCCAGUUCCUAAUUCAGCUUCUCCAAUCUGACUCUGAUGUUCAAUGCAAACAAGAUGCUCUCCUUGCUCUCUAUAAUCUUUCUACCGUACCCUCCAAUAUUCAAUACCUCCUUUCAAUGGGCAUCAUUAGUGGCUUACAGUUCCUUCUUGAUGGCAACAGUGAUUGCAUGUGGACAGAAAGAUGCAUAGCUGUUUUGAUAAAUUUAACUACUUCUCAAGUUGGAAGGGAGGAAAUAGUAUCAACUCCCGGACUCAUUAGUGCAUUGGCUUCAAUACUGGACACCGGUGGGCUCUUGGAACAGGAGCAAGCUGUCUCUUUACUCCUAAUUUUGUGCAAUAGAAGUGAGGAGUGUAGUGACAUGGUCCUGCAAGAAGGGGUUAUUCCAGCGUUAGUUUCAAUAUCAGUCAAUGGGAGCCCAAGAGGCAGAGAAAAAGCUCAGAAACUCUUGAUGCUGUUCCGAGAGCAGCGGCGGGACCAUUCACCUGUAAAGACACAUCAGUGCCCACCCGAAACUGGUGAUUUGUCUAUGCCGCCAGCUGAAAUGAACCCGCCAUGCAAGUCUAUUUCAAGAAGAAAAUCUGGGAGAGCUUUUAGCUUUUUAUGGAAAAGCAGGAGCUAUUCUGUUUACCAGUGUUAA